AUGCCGAACGUUGCUGCAGCUCAGCAGACUCCACCGCCAAACAGGAAUCCUGGCGAUGAAGAUAGAGAGAAUAGUGCGGACGAAUCCUGGUCUGCUGCUGAUAGUGAUAAUGAUCGCGCCAUUGCUCAGAAUGGUCGGGGGCUGAAACGAAAACGUCCCCUCACAGUGUCGUGCGAAUUGUGUAAACAGAGAAAGGUCAAAUGCGACCGAGCCCAGCCCAGCUGUGGCUGGUGCAGUCGCAAUGGUCAAUUGUGUGAAUAUAAAGAGCGAAAGAAGCCUGGCCUUCGGGCAGGCUAUGGCAAGGAAUUGGAACAGCGACUUGACAGGCUGGAGGCGGUCAUCCAGACUCAAGCCCGUCUCAUAGAAUCGCAUAUUCUCCAAAGCCAACCUCGCUUCGCUCAUGACCUAUCUCAAUCCGCGCCCCUCUCCUAUAGCUCUCCAUCAGAGCCUUCUGCUAUCAAUGGCCCCAGUCCCCGAAAUAACAUCUAUUUCCAAGAACCGACGUCUAUACCAGCACCUUCCUGUCACAAUGAAGUAUCAAUCACCAGCCCGUCGAACACAUCAGCCAAAAAUACGAUAAAAAACCAUAUACCAAGUAUUCACCCCACAGCUCCGUUACCACAAGUCCAAGAUACCAGCCAUAAUGAUUAUUCGGGGAACGAAUCAUCGCUGAAUGUGCCGGUGAGCUUGUUCUCCAACCAAGAACAGUCUUUUGCAGACCCGGGGCUUGAUCUGCCCCCAUAUGAUUUGCUAUAUGCCCUGGUGGACCUUUACUUCGAACAUAUCAAUACAUGGUGCCCGAUUCUCCACCGUCGGACAACAUUGGAUUCCUUCUUCGGGCCAACUCCUCUGGAGGAGGCUGAUCGCAUUUUACUAUAUUCAAUUGUUGCUACAACACUCCGCUUUUCGACCGACAGCCGACUUAACGAGCAGAAUCGAAAGCGAUAUCAUGAUUCCUCCAAACAAAAGGUCCUACUUUACGGAUUAGAAAACUCGUCCGUUAAAGCUCUUCAGGCCUUGGUCAUUUUGGCCCUUGACCUAGUGGGUUCAUCCAAUGGCCCUCCAGGUUGGAAACUGCUUGCUUUGAUCACGCGGUCUGUGGUCCAGUUAGGACUGGCCGUCGAAUCCAAGUCCUCUCUCAUUGCUCCUAUUUAUCCCUCCAUCUACACGUUAAGGGCUGUCACUCUCCCGGAGCCAGACUCCUGGAUUGAGGAUGAGAGUAGGCGCCGGCUGUUUUGGAUGGUAUACUUACUGGACCGAUAUUCUACCAUAGCGACCGCCUUCGAUUUUGCUUUAGAUGACAAGGACGUCGACCGCAAGCUUCCGUGCAAGGACGAGUACUUCACCAGGAAUCAACCAGUUGAGACGAGGUGGUUCCAUCGUUCGAGCAACCGUGCCGAUUACCUGACUCGUGCAGAGAAUGUGGGAUCACUUGGCCUUUAUGUGGAAAUACUCGGCAUUCUCUCACGCGUCCAUCAAUUUUUAAAACGGCCUGUGGAUAUAGGGGCUCUGUCUGAUGUUGAGGAAUGGCAGACGACAUAUCGUAAACUGGACAGUGAAUUGACAUCCUGGGAAUUCAAUCUUCCAACUGAAUACGCCUAUGAGAACUCCUCCCGGCUGUGUAGCGGUUCAAAACACAAUCGAAGUCUCCAUUGUGAUUGGGUCCAACUUCACUGCACAUAUCAAACUGCUGUUAUCAGACUCCAUUCAUCAGCCGCGUAUCCGACAACCCGGUCCCCGAUAUUCACACCGUCAUAUAGCGCAAGCCAACGAUGCUUACUUGCAGUCGACAAUAUUCUUUCCGUCACUCGCUUUGUCAUGGAUAAUAACUUGCUAGAUAAGCUUGGCCCGCCUUUUGCCUUUACCCUCUGGGUUUCUGCCCGCUUGCUACUUGUCCAUGGCUCUACAAUCGCUCGUACUGUUAGCCAAGAUAUAAUAUUCUUCGUUGACACGCUUUACAGAAUGGGCAAGUACUGGAAAGUUGCGGAACGUUACAGCACGAUCCUACAGCGUGUUCUCGAUGAGUAUGGCGAGUACCAGCAAUCUGCAGCAACCGAUGGCGAGCGCAUCACGCCCUCCACAGUGAAGAUCCUUGCAGACAUGCGCCGCUGCGCAUUCGACCUAGAUUUUCUCAUCUCUCGACAACCUCGCUCGUCUCCCGCUGGUAGCCAUCCAGAGAAGACCACACCUGCGAUUCCUUCAAGAAACUUGGCUCCAAAUGAGCUAGAAUAUCUCGAUGUUUUUGGCUUCUUCAACGUGCCACGCGUGCCCCCUGCGCGUGCGGCGGACAUGAACGGCCUCGACAUCAGCGGGACAGUAAAUAAUCCAAUGUCAAUCCACGGGCUGACAGCGACCGGACCUACAAGUUCUGUCGGAGUGGACGCUACCUCUUCAAAUGCCAAUGAGUUCAACAUCACAAAUUAUCUCAUCCCAACUCCAGAAACAGACUGGCUCUUCCGCCCCGGGGGGUGA